AUGAAACGGAGGUUACCGAUAGACUCCGUUGGUACAGGGAGAAGGAAUCCGAAAAAGCCGACAGAGUUCGAUCAUCAGGGAAACGAUCAGCAGGUCGAGUUAGGACUGCAGGAGACUCAAACACGAGCUGCAGUGGCAGCGCAACGACAUGGCAGGAGACUCAAUCACAGCGAGGAGACUGCAGGCGAUGACAGUGCUCUCUCGCAUCUGCCUCACGGCUCGCAAAUGUCGACUGAACCCACUAAUGGCAAGUCUUACCGAUCAUCUCGCGGGGAGCUUCCGAUUAUGAGGUUCCAGGAUAGCGAGGCGGCGGCUGCUGCUAGUUCUGUGAGUGCUUCCUCGCAAUCCUCUCCCACCAACCAGAGUGAAGCUGGUUCUAACUUGCCGGGAUCUCCCAUGCUGGGUGCCAGAGCUCCCUUAUCCGCCGGUGCCAGUAGUAGACCUUUUCGAAAAUCGCUCAUUUCAAAUCUCAUGGAUUUGCCCUCCGAGUCGCACUGGGAGGAUCGCGUCUCUGUUGAACGCCCAAAAUCGAUUGUUCGACGAGCCCGGUUGUUGUGCGGAAAGGUCGUCGAAGCACCUGCCGUGCAACUCACGAUUGUUACACUCAUUGUCAUCAACGCUAUUUUGAUGGGUGUUGCUACUUUUGAUUUCGUCACGGAUCGCCCACACAUCAAUCGCGCGUUUGAAACUACCGACCGUGUCUUCUUGAUCAUUUUCACAAUUGAGUUGUCUUUGCAAUUCAUUUAUCGGAGUUUGGGGCUAUUUAUGGACGGGUGGCUGGUGUUCGACUUCGUUAUUGUCAUCACCAGUUGGAGUCUGGAAAGUUUGCAAAUUAUUCGGGCUUUUCGCGUAUUUCGAGCCUUUCGUUUAAUCAAUCGGGUGGGGCCACUUCGGGAGCUCAUCAUGGCGCUUGGAACCGUCAUGCCGCGGAUGUACGCGAUUGGCACGCUGCUCCUUCUUAUCUUCUACGUGUACGCGGUACUCUUUACCGAACUGUUUCGGGAUUUAGAGCUUUCCGAGAACUAUUUCGGAUCUUUGGACGUGGCCUUAUUCUCUUGCAUGCAGUUCAUGACGUUGGAGUGGGCGGAUACAGCAAGAGAAUGUAUGGAACAACGGUCAUGGGCCUGGAUGCCUUUUGUCAGUUUCAUCGCCAUUACCGGUUUUAUCGUUUUCAACUUGAUUGUGGCGGUCGUUUGUGACGCCGUAUCGGUUGUGGACCAGCAAUCCCGGGCCGACAAGGCAGGGAAUGUCGAAACGGACUUGAUGAAGUUACACCACGCACAGGAGCGGUUACAGGAAUUGUCCGAAACUGUAGACGAUAUGCGAACGCGACACGAAAAACUUCAACGGACGAUACUACUGUUGGGCACAACGCUGCAAUCAUCGAGUGCAAUUCGACCUCGUCUUCAAGGAAAAACGCACCCCGGCUCUUUGCUGGGUCCCAGUAUGAGUGACAACGACGAUUCUCCACAGAUUGGUAGCAGUUCAAGCCAUAGCAACGGGGAAGAAAACGAUGGAGUUGGUAAUGAAGACGACAAGGCACGUGGCUUUUCGGAGUAUCAAGCCCUUAGUAUCCAGUCGCACACGCUAAGUGAGACCACAAUGGACCCGCUAAUGGCUUCCUUUACUGUACGAUCGCAGCAGAGCGACACGAAUUUGACGCAGAGCUCGACUUCGCUAAGUGCGUACAUUAGCGCUGGAUCGACGAGUUUGGAAGGUGCCGAAGCCCGCACCACCGACGCUCUGGCCUCCGUUCAAUCUCAACGAGCACCGUGGGCUCCCAAAACAUUGUCUGAAAGCUUGCUGCAACGUGGCGAAGCCGAUAGUGAACCUUCCGAAUCUAUAGGGGAAGGAUGGGAAGACUCUGAAGAAGCGGUAACCAUGGCAAGCCUGGCCAUGAGAGGCUACUUGAAUCCUUCGUCGACCCAGCGGAGUCGACCAAACAGGGCCUCUUCGCCUGCCACGGCGGCUACCGAACAGUCGUCAGCCACAACGGUCGAUCCGAACGGAGAGGCAACCCAAAAUCAACAAAACGGAACGGAAAGAAAAUCGAGCUCAGGCACGACCACAACAAAAGUUACAGCACGAGAGGAGAUGCCACCUAUGGCAAAAGCUAUGGAAGGCGUAAUGCACCCCCUAUCCUUGAUGCUUCGCUGA